AUGUCCUGUGAAGACCACCAAAUCCAGCCCUCCGACCUUGCCGAACUGGAAAGACUUGGCUCGCGAGAGAGGUCACGAGACCACUUUGACAUUGGCUAUACCAUCUUGGACAACCACCACCACAGCAACAAAGCAGCGAAACGCUUUUAUAUCUUCGACCACAAGUCAGUAAAGAUGACUCGUUCCCACAAGUUCAACGACAAGGACCACGCCGGCCUGGCCGAUGGUACGGUCCUGCCGCAGGAGUCGGUUCCUAAAUUCUUUGGAAAGCAUGGCUUCGCCGAUGCCGACCCCAAGAAAGCCAAAAAGAAUGGCGCGGGUCGAGCUGGCUGGGGCAACGCCGGUGCCGAGGUUGUCGACGAAAACUUCAACUUCCACAACGCCCGCCGCCGUUCCAACAGCAGCAGCAUUUCAACCAACCUUGAGAACUUCAAGACGAAGUUCGAGGUCAACGAGCCCGAGCCCGUCUUCGAGGAGAAUAUGGGACCUCAGGACGAGGAAGCAAAGCCCGAGAGCCAGGCUAGUGACUCAAGCGUUGAUGAGAACAAGUCACACUAG